AUGGAUAUCUCGGACCUUAACUUCAAGCCAUGCCCUUGUGGCUAUCAGAUUUGCCGUUUCUGUUGGCACCAUAUUAAGGAGAACCUCAAUCGGCGCUGCCCUGCUUGUAGGAGAGAAUACACCGAUGAAACAGUUCAGUUCAAGCCUAUUAAUAAGGAAGACCACAAGCGUUUGACACAACAGAAGAAGCAGAGAGAGCGCGAACGCAAGGAGCUGGAUGCUCUAGGUCGGCGCCACCUGGCCAACGUGCGUGUGGUACAGCGCAACGUGGUGUAUGUGGUGGGCAUGGGCCCUCGCUUUGCGAAAGAAGAGCUCAUUCCAACGUUGCGUUCGAGCGAAUACUUUGGCCAGUAUGGCAAGAUCUCGAAGAUUGUGAUUGUGAAACGUACACCCUCUGGAGGCCGCGCCCCCGUGGUGGGGCUGUACAUCACCUAUCACAGACGAGAAGACGCCGCGCGGGCAAUUGCAGCGGUCGAUGGAGCGCCGUCGCCGGGUGGUGGUCACGAGAUUAUGAGGGCCAGCCAUGGUACGACAAAGUACUGUAUGGCGUUCCUGCGGGGCGUUACUUGCACGGAUCAUGGCUGCAUGAAUUUACACGAAUGGGGGGAUGAGAAGGACUGCUUCACGAAGGAAGAUCUGACCACACUCAAACACACGAUGAAGGACACAGAGACUCGAUCGAGAACGACCACAACCGUUCGUAAGGCGGAUGAAGCGGAUGGGCUUCCCCGCGCAGCGUCGUGGGCCAACAAGGCCCCAACUACGCUCGUGAGUAGCACAUUGCACAACAAUGCAACUGUGUCGAGUUCGAGCACCGCACGCCAACCACGGCGUGGAACUGGCACCCGCCAGCAACGAUCUGGAUCUACUCCAACGACUACCGCAGAACCGCGUUCUAAUGGCAAAGACCGAAGGGGAGCUCAAGCAGGCAAGGCGCCCUCGCAGGCCUCAUCUUCUCGCCCCGCAACCCCUUCGCACAACAGACCAGCUACGCCGAGUGCUGGGAAGGUACCGAAACUCAAGGAGCCCUCCCCACCGCCUGUACCUGCGCGAUCGCCUACACCGUCUGCAACAGCAGAGUCUGACAGUGGAUCAGCAGGUCAGGAUACUACGCUGGUUGCGUCGCCCGAAUGCACGCCUCCCCCAAAGAUCCCGUCUGCACCUCCAGGUCUCCCUACCGUACCUCCGGGCCUGUCUGCACCCCCAGGUCUUCCUCCGCCAUCCUCCCGCACGACGUCUGCUAUGGCAUCCCCUUUGCAGAUUUCUUCGGCGCAGUCAUCAUAUCAGAUGUCCUCGCAGGCGCAAGCUCUCAUGGAGGACUUAAAGGCAAGGCGUGAAAUGCCGCAGGUCUUGACAGAGCGCAGUCCGUUCCCCGAUUUCGAUCGCAUGUUGCAGACGCUUAGUGGCGGCGAUGGCGACGGAGGUUUCAGUUUCAACUUAGAUCCCGCGUUGGCUGGCGAAGCUGCUGACGCCCCGCUAAAUCUGCCAGAGCUGGAGAUCGACGCAAGCACCCCGUUCCACGGUACCUUCCUAGAUACGUUCCCAGCUCUGAGGCACAACCCUGCUGCUAGUCCGCUGAUGGGACCGCCCGGGAUCCCAUACCCGCCUCGUACUCUCUACGAUUCUCUCGGUAUGCGACAGCCGACUAUUGAGCGACAGUCGACGGGGAGCUCUGGGUAUACGGGCUCGUUCAAUCCCUUCGCAGACUCUAACGAAGAGUCGCAGUCCAAGCGCUUUUCUCCGCUGGACGAGGAGCGUCAGGUCUCACGGUUCGGAUUCGCCCGUGGACGACAAGGCUCGAGCUCGUCUUCAGUACACCCCGCUUCGCCUCUGAGCAACGUUGACAACGUCCCGCAUAUGCCAUUCUACAACUCGUCCGAGCAUAACUCCCCGGUCACCCGCACACCGCCGCAAUGGACCUAUCAAGCAAGGCAGCCCCUUCAUGGCUUUGCCCACCACGACGGUGGUUCUGCCAUGAGCUCGCCGUUGGCUCGGCACGCCCAGGCUCAGUCACUGUAUCAGCAGCAACAGCCGCAGCUAUCUAGCCAGUUCCAGCCCUUCGAUUCCGGAGUGAGCGAGGCGCAGCUCAGAGAGCUAAUCACGUCGAGUCGCACGAACCAUAUGCGCAACGGCUUGUCUGAUCAGGCAUCAUAUCCAGUGAACCCCACCCAGCCUUUCAACGACCCUGCGAUCAUGUCAGCGAGGUUGGCAUCUCCCGUUCUUUCUCAGGCUGUGACCAACCACGGGUUUCUAAAAAUUCCUUUGGUCGACAGCUUCUCGCCGAGUCAUGUCGGGUAUGGCCCACCUCCAGGCCUAUCGAUGGCGAAUGGACCGGUCACGAACAGCCCCAGUCUCGUCAACCAUCACGCGUAUGGCCUCGCAAACAGAACAGUAGCAAAUCUGGAGGUUGCCCAAACUAAUGGUCAAGUCUCGACAUCUCCUUCUCUUGAACCCUCCGUCGCCCCUUCUCCUGCCUUAUCUUCUUCCGAUUUCCCUGCGUUGUCGGCUGCUGUGGAACUGCGCCGUGAGCAGCCACAUUCUGGUCCGACAUCUUCCGCUGGUACCCCAGAUGUUGAUAGUGCCGCGCAGACCAAGGCAGACCGUAAGGCCGCAAAACUGGCUGAAAGGCAGCGCAUCGCGCAGGAGAAAGCAGCCACCAAGGCAGCCGAGAAAGAGAGGAGGGCUGCUGAGAAAGAGAAGGCCGCUGCGCUCAAAGUCGAGAAGGACCGUUUGGCCAAGGAGAAAGUGGAGGAAGAGAGGAUCGAAAGGGAAAGAGUGGAGAAGCAGCGAGCAGAAAUAGAGCGGGUGGAGAGAGAGCAUGCCUACAAGGAACGGGUUGAGCGAGAACAGGCUGCCAAAGAAAAAGCGGAGCAAGAACGCGCUGCUAAGGAGCGUCUCGAGCAGGAGAAGACUGAGAAGCAGGCACAAGCGAAGAAGGCUGCAGCUGCGAAAGCUGCAGCAUCGCAACCUCCGAAACAAAGCGACGGCGAGGAAUCUGCUCAAUCGGAAAACCUUCCAAAACAUACUCAGGCUGCUAAGCAGACUCCCGCUGGGUCGCCCAAGCUUGCCAUUCAGGUCCCCAUCCUGUCGAAGAUGCCUAAGAAGAGCAAGCCUGUCACAAAGCCCAUCAAGAUCCCUAAGGAGGAUGUCAUCUCAGAAUCAGCCUCGGCUCUCCCAUCUGCGACUAACUCAGAAGCUCCUCCUUUCCCUGACGGACGUGGGACGGAAAGCAGCUCGAACAACUCGCGUGCACAAUCAGUUGAUCACUCGCUUAUCAGUCAGACCACUUCAGUCGAGAGGAUGCUCGAGGAUCUCGACUGCGAAUUCCCUCACCUCCACAUUUCGGAACACCCAUUUUUCGACUUGCAGAAGAUUAACCCUGCCGCAAAGAUGCCGCUCGAAUACGGCCCGCUCGUGCAUGCGCUCUCCGCGUUGUCUGUUGGAGGAGGCUCGUUUGCAAACAACAUGCCCUCAGGUUCGAUCGACCACGCCGUUUCCUCGUUCCAGCAAUUGCUCGAGACGCUUACUCAGACAAUUUCGGACUUGCUCCGGCUGUUGCCCCGCAAGACCUGGGAUGAUAAUUCGUCGUUUGACGGCGUGUUACGCGACAUGCUGAAAGGCGACGACUUCCUCGAUGAAGGAGAAGACCAGAACGGGCAAGUCAAAGAAGAUGAGGUCGCUGCACUGACGCUUGCUCUGGAACGGCGGGCACGUUGGAUGGAGGUACAGCUGUCAAAAUUGGAAGAGCUGCAUCGAGACAUCAACAUCGCUGCUGUGCGUGCUGUGCUAGCCUUCAACGACAACGGAUGGGAUUACUACCAAUCACUUCCGCGCGUGGGCAACACACUUGCGCGAUUCGAUAUCCUCGGCAUAAUCAAUGAGAACGACGAGGCCCGACCGAUGACGGCAGAUGAGUUGGAGGAGAAAUUAUUAAAGGCGAAGGAUGCGGCCGCGUUCGCGGAAGCCGAGCUGCGCGAGUCGAUGCAGCGGCUGCAGGUGAUGAAGCCAGCGCAUCUCGAGGAAUAA